AUGCCGAGCCAAUCCCGGGGGCGGCACGUCGCUUCGCCGUCCGCCGCCCCCUCCCGCGCGGGCGGGCGCGCGGACGCGCAGUGGGACGCGCACUGGGAUCCGCCGGCGUUCCGCCGCUGGCUGCUGGGCUUCGCGGCGGUGCGCUUCGACCUCGAGCAGGGUCAGCUCGUCGAGGCGCUCUUCCCCGCGGGCGCGCUCAGCGCGGAGGAGGAGACUGACGUGGCGUUCUCGUCGUUCCCCGACUCCAUGUCCGCCGUGCACUCGCGCGCCUCGCUCUACGACUGCCUCUUCUUCUUCCGCAUCCGCCGCCGCGGCGUUCCGCCUGCCCUCGCCGCCACGAGCGGUGGGGUUGAUAACGGGGCGGGCAGCAGCGGCGACGGCACGGGGGAGGGGGCUGGGCGGAGUGCGCUCGCCGCGCAAUCUCCGCUGCUGCAGCAGCAGCACGUGCACACUAGUGUCGGUCUGGGGGCAGCAGGGGGAGCAGCCACGCGGGCGACGAGUCGGGCAGAGCGGUCCGCCGCGUCCGCGCGGAGGCAGUCCGCCAGCCCGCCGCGGUGGGACCCGGGAACCAAUCGCGCGACAACACCUGGCACGACCCCGCGGCGAGGCAUUAGCGUGGGGCACGGCGGGGGGCCGGCGGGGGCGAUGGCGGAGAGCAUCAGCGCGCCCGCGUCGUCUCUCACCAGCCCCACGGGGCUCGUCGCCGCCGCCGCCUCGCCCUUCGCGCGGCUCGACAGAUGCGCCACGGAGCCGCUCGCGGGCGGCGAGGGGGGAGACGAGGCGGAGGUACAGUGGCGCGCGCAGGCGGGGGCUGGCGCGCUGAGACACUCCGCCAGCGCGCGGGGGAGCGCGGGGCAGCGGGAGGAGGAAGCGGCGGUGGGCAGAUCCGCGUCCAUGGGGGCGGGGAGACGCGCGAUGCCCGCGCACAGCCAAGACGAGGACGACCGAGGGGGGGACGGCGGGUCUGGGGGCGGAGCAGUAGCAGCAGGGGGGGCGGGGAGGGGCGGGGCGCGAUACCUGUACGGGUUUGUGUUCAACCGGCAGCGGCACGACGAGAGGCUGCCACGGGGCGGCGUGCAGAAGUCGGUGGUGGUGCUCUCCGAGCGCCCCUUCUCCGCCGCCUUCCGCCGCCUCGCCCAGGUCGUCGGCCCGCUCUACUUCGACCGCGGACCAAUCGCGUUCGUCCAGGUGGCCGCGUGGGUCUCCCUGUGGCCUGCGCCGCACCAGCCGAGCGUGGUGGGCGGCGGGGGAGUGGGCGGGGCGGCGGGCGGCGUGAUGGAGCUGCCGGUGGGGCCGCGCACGUCCCUACGCGUGCAGCUGCCGCCCGCCCACACACUGCCGCCCGCGUCGCACUCGGCGCUGGACGACUUCACGGCCGCCAUGGCGCCCGCCCCCCUCUCCACCUCCGCGCCCCAGCCAAUGUUUUCAACACUGCACCUCCACUUACCCCUCACUCCAUACACCGUUUUCCUUUCACCUCCCAAUCACCCCUCCAUCCAUUCACUCACCUUCCCCAUGCGGCCCCCUUCCCCCUCCUCUCUCAUCUGCAGUCCCAAGAAGGGUGACGUGCUAGGCUCAUCCCACCCCUCCAUGCACCCGCCCCAUGCCGCAACCCCGCAGGGCAUAUUCCACGACGCGGACGUGUUUGGCAUCCUGCGCGGGGUGGCGGCGCAGCUGUGGGUGCUGUGGGAGCUGCUGCUGCUGGGCGAGCCGCUGCUCGUCAUCGCCCCCACGCCCGCGCAGUGCUCCGAGGCCGUCGCCGCCCUCGUGGGGCUCAUCGCGCCCCUGCCCUGCUCGCAGGACUUCCGCCCCUACUUCACCAUCCACGACCCCGACUUCCCCGCGCUCAACGCGCUGAGGGACGGCGACGCGCUGCCCGCCGUGGUGCUGGGGGUGACGAACCUCUUCUUUCUGAAAGCGCUCAAGCACCUGCCGCAUGUGCUGUCCGUGGGGCGCCCUCCGCACGGCGGACAGGGCGUGGCGGGGGCGGCGCGGUACGGGGCGGGGGCGGGCGGCAGCUUGCAGCCGAACGGACAGGUGGCGGUGAGGGAGAGCACGGGGCGGCUGCCACAUCAGCAGCAGUCGCCGCUGCGACGCCUGGCCACUGGCGGGCUGCUGAGAGCAGGCAUGGUGAGGCAGCGCAGGCAUGGUGAGGCAGAGCAGACUGCUGAGGCUGUGGACGAUGCAAGGUUGAGUCCAGUCAAUGCUGUCUUACACCGCUCCUUUCCCUCCCCUCCUCUCCUUACUCCCACCCUCGUCCAUCCCCAUCCAAUUCCAUCCAUCUGCACCCACGCCUGUCCGGGCAGCAUGCUGGCGGCGGGCAGCAAGGGCUUGGCGCGCAUGAGGGGGGAGGGGCCGCUGUCGCUCAUAGGGGAGCACAGGGAGGCGCUGUGGACCAAUCACGUGCCGGCAGUCAAGCCCGACACCGCUGUGCUCAACCGCCUUCUAGACGCCUCCACUGCUCUGCACCCCUCCGCCUCCCACCGCACUCACCGUUCCGGCUCCUCCGCCACCAAUGCUGCUGAUGCUGCUGCCUCCCCUGCUGACGCCACCUCUCUCGCCUCUGCUGCUGCAGCUGCUGCAGGGGUGGCAGCAGGAGGAGGGACAGGCGGGCGCCCUGCAUCGGCGUCUGCCCCCCCGUCCGCCGCGGCGUCUCUCUUCAGCCUGCCGGGCGCCGUGGCGGGCUCGCUGCUGGCGGGCGUCACAGGCAUGCCAGGGCUGGACGAUGCGGCAGAGGGCAGCACAGGGGGAGGGGGAGGCGGGGUGGGGGCGCGGGGGGCGGGGGUGAGCGGGGAGACGGUGGCGAUGGUGAACAACGAGGUGCUGAGGCGGCACUUCAUCGAGCUCACCACCAACUUCCUCGCCCCCUUCGGCCCUUUCCUCCGCGCCGCCGCCCCGCCGCCCGACGCCUCGCCCUACUGCGACCCGCCGCCGCUGCCGCCCUUCGACGCCGCGGAGUUUCUCGGGCAGCUUGCCGCCCGCGGCCCGGGGAAGUUUCUCGCGAAGCGGCUGCAGGCGGGCAGGUGGCUGGAGGUGUACAGAAGGUUCCUGGAAGGGCCGAACUUCAUGCCGUGGUUUCAGCGGCGGCGCGCCGUGGCGGAGGCGGAGCAGCACCGGCUGUGGCGGGCGGCGCGGCUAAGGGCGGACGUGAGGAAGGCGGUGGGGGGCAUGGGCGAGGCAGACCUGGUGGAGGCGUUCCUGUGCGUUGAGAGGCACAUGGCGGUGGAGAGCAAGGUGAGGCACAUGGCGGUGGAGAGCAAGGUGAGGCACAUGGCGGUGGAGAGCAAGGCGUGGCGGAGGGCGGGCGAGUCCCCUGCAGUGGGCAAGCUGAGGGGCGACCUGCGCGUGCUCUGGGCGCACAUGCCGCCCGCCACGCAGCGCCUGCUGCUCCUCUCCCCCGCCCACGCCGCCUCUCUCCAGCUGCCGCCCUCCGCCGCCCCUGAGGAUGCUGGGCGGGGCUCGUCGGCGGUUUCUGGGAGUGGUGAGUCAGGAGACGCUCGGUGGGGGCAGCGGGCGAGUGAGGGCGCGGGGAGUGGCAGGGAAGGGGGGAGUGGAGCAGCAGCGGCACAAGGAGCAGCGGCAGCGGCAGGGGGGAGGGGAGGCGGGUGGGCUGGUUGGUUGUUUGGGAGGAGGACCGUGGAGAGCUCGGGGAGUGGGAGUGGUGCAGGGGAGAGGCGGGUGACAGCAGGCAGUGAUGGGGGGCGGAGAGAGGAGGCAGCAGAGGAAGCAGGGGCAGCAGAGGAAGCAGGGGCUGCAGAGGAAGCAGGGGCAGCAGAGGCAGGGCUGGGAGGAUCAGCUGGGACUGCUGCCACAGCUGCGGCUCCUGGUUCCGCUUCUGCAGGGUUGGACCACAACGCCAGCUCAGGUGAUCUGUCAGGUGAUUCUUCAGGUGGUGUGGGCGGCAGCGGGGGGCAGAGUGGAACGGUGGAGAUGGUGGAGGCAGCGCAGCACCUCUCAGCACUCGUGGCCAAUCUCAGCCUGCCACCUGUCAUCGCCCUCAACGGCGAAUCACACCCCUCAUCCAACCCUGGCAAAGCCUGGUCCGAAGCUUCCAGCCCUCCCCGAGGCUCCUCUGCAGGCUUGGGCCGAACAUCAAGCGGCGCUUCUCCACGAACGGCCGGAAUUGGGUGGGGAACGGACAUGUGGGACGGCAGCAGCGUUGGCUUGACGAGCAGCAGCGCCCGGAGCAGCACGCCUGCCCACCCUGCCUCCACCGCCUCCAGCAGCACCACCAGCACGGGCAUCGGCAGCGCAGCACACGUGGCGGGUGCACGGUUCGCCGUGUCCCCCGUGGUGCCGUUUGGGCGGCGCCCCGGGCUGUCAGUGGGGCGCACGCCGCCACGCCUCUCGUCCUCCGCGCCCGGCACGCCCCUCCACCUGCACCCGGGAGGCACCUUCCUGCACGCCCGCCCUGUCCCCGCACACGCCGCCGCGCCGCACCCAGGAGGCAGGUACACAGGCGGGGGUGGCGCAGGGGCGUUAGGCGGCGAGCGGUUGAGUGCGUGUGCGAGCGCAAGGGAGGAAGCGGGGAGCGGAGGGGUGGGGGGCAUGGAGGGCGGGGGGGCCAUGGAGGGCGGGGGGGCCAUGGAGGGCGGGGGGGUGAGGGUGGGGCGCACGGCCACGGAGCCGGUGCUGCCGUCCUCCUUCCACCCGCUCGCUUGA